GGCAAAAGGAAAGGAAGCGGCCGGUCCUAAAGGGGCCGCAGCCACUUGCCGAGCCUUUUUCUCCUUCCUCCAGUUUUGCAGCGACAGUCGUCCAAGAGUAGGUUCCCGGAAGCCCAGCACAGCUGGAGCAGUAGGGACUGCUGCUGGUGGCGGGAGCCUGCGGGCCGGGCGGAGGCGAGGGGCCGCUCAUCGGCGGGGCGGGCUGUGCCCUUGUGCCCCGCGCACAUCUGGGCCGGCCCAUGCUGCGGCCGGCGGCGAGCUUUAACAUCUGGGGCCGGGCCGGGGCGACGGGGUUCAGGGCGCAGGUGGCGCGGCCGAUGUGCCAGGCCGGAGGGUGAGGCCUCACGGUGGGGCUGGGACGACGCUGGCACCUCCAGAGAGUGCCCGGGGCGGCGAGGGGUCCGCCGCGAUGCCAGACGAAAAUAUCUUCUUGUUCGUGCCUAACCUCAUCGGUUAUGCCCGGAUUGUCUUCGCCAUCAUUUCUUUCUACUUCAUGCCCUGCUGCCCCCUCACGGCCUCUUCCUUCUACCUGCUCAGCGGGCUUCUGGACGCUCUCGAUGGACAGGCGGCUCGAGCCCUUAAUCAAGGAACUCGGUUUGGGGCCAUGCUGGACAUGCUAACGGACCGCUGCUCCACCAUGUGUCUGUUGGUCAACCUGGCCCUGUUGUACCCUCGAGCCACCCUUCUCUUCCAGCUCAGCAUGAGCUUGGAUGUGGCCAGUCACUGGCUGCAUCUCCACAGUUCUGUGGUCCGAGGCAGUGAGAGUCACAAGAUGAUUGACCUGUCCGGGAAUCCAGUGCUUCGGAUCUAUUACACCUCCAGGCCUGCUCUGUUCACCCUGUGUGCUGGAAAUGAGCUCUUCUACUGCCUCCUCUACCUGUUCAACUUCUCCGAGGGACCUUCAGUUGGCUCUGUGGGGCUUUUCCGAAUGGGCCUCUGGAUCACCGCCCCCAUUGCCUUGCUCAAGUCCCUCAUCAGUGUCAUCCACCUGAUCACAGCCGCCCGCAACAUGGCUGCCCUGGAUGCGGCAGACCGUGCCAGGAAGAAGUGACCCGGGAACCUCUGGGGCCCAGCUGCCCACCUGCCCUGGGAAUCUCACUCUGCCACACGGCUCCCCUCCCCCUCCUAGGAGGUCCCAGUCUCAUGUCUUCCUAAUAUAUUGUCCAACUGCUGGGAUGGGGGUCAGCCUGUCUUUGGUGAUGUGUCACGUUCUCUGUAAUCCUGAGGACCAGGCCCACCCCUGUGAUCCCCAAGGACCUGGCCUUUAAAUCAGGAAGGGUGUGCAUGAGUCCCUGCCCAUGGAGAUGGUGCUCUGGGGAUGCCAGGAAGCCAGUCUGAGGACUGGGGGUUAUCACACUCUCUGGCUCAGCCCUGGGGUCUGGCAUGGCCUGAGAUUUUAGGGACACUUCAGUGAGGGAGAUGGUGUAGGGGCCAGGUUUCCCAAAAAGCAGAGGAAUCAGACCUCUGCCCCCAGCCAGAAGAAGCCUGGGGGUGCCAUGCCCAGGAGGAAAGGGGCCGUCUAGAUCCUUCCCCAUUGCAGUUUCUUCUGCCUUACCCUCCCUGUCCCUGGAAGCCUCGAUAAUAAAGGUGGGAACAUCACUAA